AUGUCGCUGCUGAACGAGGUGAGCCGGCUUGGCCUGGACUUGGGGCCAGAGGCACUAUCUGCACUGGAGAGUUUGCCCUACAACCAUGCCUUGGAGCUCCUGGAGGCCACGCAGCAGAAGUACCAGGGCGGAUCCCUCAAGGAUCCCACAAACUACAUCUGCGCGACCGUCAAGCGGGGGUAUGUUCCACGCAGCAGCAUGCACACUACGGGUGCCAUCGGCGGGAAAGGCCAAAUCUCGCAGCCACCACCUCCGGCGGCACCGCGGGGAUCGAAUGCCGAGGCAGCAGCACAGGCGCUGAUCAACACAAAAGGCAUGCAGAAGGCAGAGGAAGCCGGCCUGUCAUUGACCGACGAGGCUGUACAGGCCCUUCUCACGGUCCCUGCGUCGCAUGCCUCGGAGAUUUUGGAGGCUGUGGCCGAAAAGCACACCGAGCUUCGGGAUCCCUCCAACUACGUCGUUGCCACCAUUUCCCGCGGAUAUGUGCCGCGAUCCGAAGCUGGCGGCAGCUUUGGCAAAGGCGGGGGCUUCGGCGGAGGCGGCGGCUACGGCGGAGGCUACGGGGGUGGCAAGUCGGGCAGCAGCCUCUAUGAAUCUAUCUACGGCCGUGGUCGACCAGGCUUUGACGGGCCGUAUGGGGGUGGUGGCAAAGGCUACGGCUACAGUGCCCCCAUUGGUGGCGGCAGCAGUUACGGAAAAGGCUGUGGCGGCUAUGGGGGCGGCUAUGGGGCCGGCCCCAGCUAUGGUGGAAGCAGUUACUCUUCCUGGGGAGGAAAGGAUGGCGGCAAGGGCUCACGCGGCGGCCUCCUCCCCGAGGACAUCACGACACUGGAGAAGUCCGUGCUGGACUUGAAUGAGCAGGAUCUGUGGGCAGGCCAGGAAAUUUCUCCUGCCACGCUGCUGGCCCUGCGCUGCAUUGGUCUGGACGACGCCUUGGAGUUACUCCAGAACCUUCAGUCCAAGGGCAUGAGCAAAGGUAGCAAGGGCAUUGGCAACCUGAACAACUACAUCCAGGCCGCCAUUUCCAACAUCCUGCGCGACGGCCCGGGUGGCAAGGGUGUUGGCGGCAAGAACCACACCGGCAACCAGAGUCGCAUGAAGGCUGAAGAGUUGGGCUUGGUCCUGGAUGAAAGCACCUUUGAGACCUUGGCGCGCAUGCCCCUCAGGAGGGCCACUGCGCUAAUCGAGCAAGCGUCGCAGAGGCAAGCAGAGGGAGAAGACCCCAACAUCUUCAUCGAACGAGCCCUGGCGUGA